CUCCUGGCGGCGAUGUCCUAUGACCGCUACGUAGCCAUCUGUCACCCGCUGCGCUAUCCCAUUCUUAUGAACGACAACGUCAGCGUCCUCAUGGCUGGAGGGUCCUGGCUUGUUGGGGCAGUCAACUCCACAGUCCACACGGCUUUCACACUCCACUUUCCCUUCUGUUCCUCAAGAACCAUCGAUCACUUUUUCUGCGAAGUCCCUGCCAUGUUGGUUUUGUCCUGUGUGGACACGACACGCUAUGAACGAGGAGUUUAUGUGAGUGGCAUCAUCUUCCUUCUUGUUCCGUUCUCUCUUAUCUCUGCCUCUUAUGUCCAAAUCCUCCUUACUGUCUUCCAAAUGCAAUCAUUGGAGGCACGGAAAAAGUCAUUUCCUACCUGUUUCUUCCAUAUGAUCGUGGUCAUAAUGUACUACGGGCCAUUUAUUUUCACGUAUAUGAGACCUAAAAAGUACCACAGUCCAGGCCAGGAUAAGUUCCUAGCAAUAUUCUAUACCAUCCUCACACCCUCUUUCAACCCAAUUAUCUACAGCAUCAGAAAUAGAGAUGUUUUAGAGGCAAUGAAAAAUAUACUCAAAAGUAAAAUUUUCCAUAAGAAAUUAUAG